UCUCUUGUGCUGCACUGUUUUCGAGCAAUGCAUUUCGGGACACCAACAUGGCGCCCUCCUUGUUUUUGUAAGAUGUUAUGUUCUCGAUUGAUGCAGAUUCAUUCCGUUAUUAUCACGAGAUUAAAAUAAGCUUUGCUCUCCUGUGUCCUCGUAUAAGAUGGCGGGUUUGUGUUUUGCCCGGGCAGCGUUCACCGGGCUCGCUGUUAAAGCCGGAAAACACAAGGGUUUGUCCGCGGCGCUUCUCCUGCGAGCCGCAGCACCGGCGAAGAUCCUGGUCAAGCGGUACAGCCAGGACUCGGGUAACAAUGGCCGCGGGCAGUUUGUGUGUUACCACCUUCCGCACCGGACCCUGCUGAAGCUCCAAGGACCGGACACAAGCCCGUUUCUCCAGGGGAUUAUAACCAACGACGUGAAGCUGCUGGAGGAGCCCGGCUGCGCUGCUGUGUAUUCACACAUGCUGAAUGUGCAAGGACGAACCUUGUAUGACAUCCUGCUGUACAGUCUGAAAGAAGCAGAAGGAGGACAUGGUGUUUUCCUCGAGUGUGACAGCACGGUGGAAAAUUCAAUCCUAAAACACUUGAAGGUGUACAAGAUCCGGAGAAAAGUGACCAUCAGCCCGUGUCCGGAGCUGUCUGUGUGGGCGGUACUCUCACAGCAAAGCAGGCCGGAUCAAGAGGCCAGUAAACCCGAGCUAUCGGCCCCUGAAAAAGCUCUGGUGUGGGAGGCUGAUCCCAGAACUGUACAAAUGGGGUGGAGACUGGUGUUGGAGAGUCAGGCUGACCCCUUGGAAAUUCUUCCGUCUUGUCAGAAAGGAGACACAGAGGACUACCACAGACAUCGCUACUCAAUAGGACUUCCCGAGGGAGUAAACGAUCUUCCCCCCGGAGUAGCUCUCCCACUGGAGUCUAACCUCGUCUACAUGCAGGGUAUCAGCUUCAGCAAGGGCUGCUACAUCGGUCAGGAGCUCACAGCCAGGACUCAUCACACCGGGGUGAUUCGGAAACGCCUCAUGCCAGUACGCUUCUCGUCUCCCGUCCAACAUCUCGGGGACGGAGCCGCGCUCGCGACACAGUCGGGCAAGCCAGCCGGUAAACACCGAUGGGGCGUCGGGGAGCUGGGUCUGGGCCUUAUCCGCACUGCCCAUGCCAAAGAAGUGUUGACAAUGAAAUCUUCCGACGACGCCACAGUGACACUGGAGGCCUCCGUGCCAGACUGGUGGCCUAAAGACGUGAAAAUGAACUGAAGAGGAGGACGCGUUGUUGCUCCUUGAAAUGUGACGUGGAUUAGAUCUGACAGAUUUAUGACCGAUGAAACCCUCAAGUGGAGUUUGUUACACUGCCAUAGCUUUAAAAUUUUUUGUCUGAACCAAAGCAGGCUUAUUUAUCUCAUUUUUUAUCUUGUAUAGGAAAUUGUUUAUCUAAAAAAAAAAAAUGGUGCCGCAUUGGUGCCAAUAAAAUAAUAAAUAAAAGCAACACA